AUGGCCAUAGACGGCGUCGUUCGAAGUCCUACAGUUCGGACACAUCCUCUGGUGCCUCGUCCCACGCUUCACGUUUCGCUUACCGAGAGCGAACGAAGUCUACUUCCAGACGAAGUCGACGUCGUCGUCGUCGUACCCGGUCGUACCGAAGAAGAUAUCGGCGUCACAGUUAUUCAAGCAGCUCACGUUCCAGGUCCAAUACAUGGGCUUCUUCUGGUACAAGCUCCCGUUCCUCAUAUCAUUCAUCUCGUUCGUCAGUCUCUCGAGCAUCAUCUAUUUCUCGACGGCGGUCAUCCACUACACGACGAACCCCAUCACCUCAAGCGCCGUUCUACCUCGCGCAAUAAGGUUUCCGAAUCGUCUAAACCUGCUACUUCUUCCUCUGCCACGAGUUCCUUCACCUUUGGAUCGUUAUCCGAUGUAGCUGAAACAGUGUCGGCUGCUGUGAAACGUGUCACUGGAGGAAACUCAAUGAGUAAUCGAUACAAACUGCUGGACAAUAAAUCUCCCCACAAUCCAGUCGCAGCCAGCAACAAGUCUUCAGAUGAUGACUCUUCACAUAUUCCAGUAACAACUAGCUCCAGCACUUUGGUGGACAUCCCGCUUCCCAAAGACAGCAGCCGCACCGACAGCUCUCGACCAUCGGAAUCUGUGCCCUACAUAGGUCCACAGCUUCCUCCUGAACUUGCUGAGCGAUUUGGUUUGUCAAUGGACAAUGGUUUCUCUAGUACGCCUACUUCGGAAGCAUCAGAACCAUCCCAAAUUGCCACAUCAAAUCUCCAAACGGAUGUUGAUAAAGAGCUAGGAGAGACACCGUCUACCUACAGUUCUAGUACAACGCAGAACUCCCAUUCCAAUUCACUAAACCUAUCCAUUCCUCCAGAACAGGUUGAACAGUAUCGAGCUCUACAGGAACAGGCGAAACAGCACGCUUUACGGCGGACCAAUCUCUUCGUCUCAGAUUCAACAGAGGUGCCAGGUCAGAGUGCAGAUUAUGAUACUCAAGCUCAGCUGGCUCUCCUUCAACAACUGGGUCACAACUCUGCAUUUAUGUCAGCUUCAUCCACCGCUGUUUCUGGUUCGGGCGUCCUUUUGCCUUCGCUAUCAAGCACCGGACUUAUGCUGAACAGUUUGGCUGCCCCUGUUACCAACACAAAUAAUGGCACUGGUGUGGCGGAAAGCUGGAUGAACCAGCAUCUCGCUCAACUUUCGUAUGAUCUAAACGCACGACAAAUGUCAUUAAUUAGUGCGCAUCAGGCAAACGCACUGAAUAGUCAAAUGCAACGUCAACAAUUCAUUAACUCAGUUGCACAGAUGACCUCUCCACAGUUGAUGGUACGGACGGUCGGUGCCAAUACAUCUACUCCAACUGCUAUUGCAGUUUCCAAGGCGUCUGCGUACGAGGCUCCCGGUGUACCUGCUGUGGUAGUGCCCGCUCAAAUUCCACAACAGUUGCAGCAGGCUCAGUUGCAGCAAAUGUUGAAUGCAGCUGCAGCCUUCCAAGUCGCACAAUCGAACAGUGCGGCGUCAAUUCAAGCACAAGCCAAUCAGUCAGCCGUCACAUCCCAUUUGUUGCAACAACUGAGUAAUCAGCAAUCUCAGGUAAAUAAAUUCUAUCCACCUCAGGACCACUCAUAA